UUUAUAAGCAGGGGUGAGGGAACUGGGUGAGGGCAGACAGCUGGAAAACAAGACACAGGCAAGACUUUGGAGAAGGCAGAGCAGGGUGAUGGCUACCUUGCCACCAACAACCAGCUCCUCCCAGCAACCCCUAAACCCAGAGGAUGAAGAUGACAUCCUGGAUGAGUAUGACCAGUACAGCCUGGCCCAUCCUUAUAUCGUCGGGGGAGGCCGGAAAGGUCGUACCAAGAGAGAAGCUGCCACCAAUACCAACCGCCCUAGCCCUGGUGGGCAUGAGAGGAAGCUGCUGACCAAGUUCCAGAACUCUGAAAGGAAAAAGGCCUGGCGCUGAGGCAGAGCUGGAGAUGAGGCCAGACCACAGACAUCACACCCAGCAAUGGAAACAGGACAACCACACCCAGCAAUGGAUUAGGACCUUGGAGAGAUUAGGAGAUACAGGCAAAGACAGAGACCUGUUUGACUCUUUCCUACCUAAGUGAGGUUCUAGAGAAGGGACACCAAAAAAGCCCUUCUAGAUCCAGCAAAAGGG